AUGUUCAGGCCCUCGUCGGCGACAAAAGUCGCGCGGCCAUUUCGCGCCAAGCUCCGACGCUCGUUCGCGACGGUUCAGGACCCCCCUGUCCGACAUUACGGUGGUCUGAAAGAUCAGGACCGCAUUUUCACAAAUGCAUACUGCAGGCAUGACCAUGGUCUGAAAGGAGCCCAGGCUCGCGGAGACUGGCAUCGUACCAAGGACAUCAUUUUGAAAGGUGAUAGUUGGAUCAUUCAAACAAUCAAAGACUCUGGCUUGCGCGGACGUGGUGGUGCCGGCUUCCCGAGUGGCUUGAAGUGGAGCUUCAUGAACAAGCCGGGUUGGGAGAAGGACCCUCGACCCCGUUACCUUGUGGUCAACGCUGAUGAGGGAGAGCCGGGAACCUGCAAAGACCGCGAGAUUUUGCGUGGUGACCCGCACAAGCUCAUCGAGGGUUGCCUGGUCGCUGGGCGUGCCAUGAACGCAACAGCCGCAUACAUCUACAUUCGCGGCGAAUUCUUCCAGGAGGCAUCGCAUGUGCAGCAGGCUAUCAACGAGGCGUACGCUGCUGGUCUCCUCGGCAAGGACGCGUGCGGUAGCGGCUACGCUUUCGAUGUGUAUCUUCACCGCGGCGCAGGCGCAUACAUUUGCGGCGAGGAGACCGCACUCAUUGAGAGUCUGGAGGGCAAGCAGGGCAAGCCGCGCCUCAAGCCUCCGUUCCCGGCUGAUGUGGGUCUGUUCGGUUGCCCUACCACUGUUGCCAACGUCGAGACUGUCGCCGUCGCACCCACCAUCUGCAGACGCGGUGCUCCAUGGUUCGCCAGCUUCGGGCGGGAACGUAACCAGGGGACAAAGCUCUUCUGUAUAAGCGGUCACGUCAACAACCCCUGUGUUGUCGAGGAGGAGAUGAGCAUCCCGCUGAAGGAGCUCAUCGAGAGACAUUGCGGUGGUGUGAGGGGCGGUUGGGACAACCUGCUCGGUAUCAUCCCGGGCGGCAGUUCCGUUCCUGUUCUGCCCAUCAAGAAGUGUGAAGAGGUCUUGAUGGACUAUGACUCUCUCAAGGAUGCCCAAUCCGGUCUCGGCACGGGUGCCGUCAUUGUCAUGGACAAGAGCACUGAUAUUGUCAAAGCCAUUGCUCGUUUCGCUCACUUCUACAAGCACGAGUCUUGUGGUCAGUGUACACCCUGUAGGGAGGGCACGACCUGGAUGAUGAAUAUGAUGGACCGUUUCGUCGAGGGCCGGGGACACCAGCGUGAAAUUGACAUGCUCCUCGAACUGACGAAACAGGUUGAGGGUCGUACUAUUUGUGCAUUGGGCGACGCCGCUGCCUGGCCGAUCCAGGGUUUGAUGCGCCACUUCCGCCCGGAGGUCGAGAAGCGCAUCGCUGCGUUCCGUGCGGAGCACGGCCCCGUCCUAUUCGGCGGGCGGCUGAACAGCCAGACGGACCCGACGCUCGCGAUUCCGGAUAACUUAGGAGCAAACCUGCCUGAGGUGGAGGCGCCAGCGCAGCAGUGA